AUGUCUGACCACAGAUAUGGGGAUGGUAGCUCUACUUUCCAGAGUACAACGGGACACUGUGUACACAUGCGGGGAUUACCAUACAGAGCUACUGAGAAUGACAUUUAUAAUUUUUUCUCACCACUCAACCCUGUGAGAGUACAUAUUGAGAUUGGACCUGAUGGCAGAGUAACUGGUGAAGCAGAUGUUGAGUUUGCAACCCAUGAAGAUGCUGUUGCAGCUAUGUCAAAAGAUAAAGCAAAUAUGCAACACAGAUAUGUAGAACUCUUCUUGAAUUCUACAGCAGGAGCAAGCGGUGGUGCUUAUGGUAGCCAAAUGAUGGGAGGCAUGGGCUUGUCAAACCAGUCCAGUUACGGUGGCCCAGCCAGCCAGCAGCUGAGUGGUGGUUAUGGAGGUGGCUACGGUGGCCAGAGCAGCAUGAGUGGAUAUGACCAAGUUUUACAGGAAAACUCCAGUGAUUUUCAAUCAAACAUUGCAUAGGUAGCCAAGGAGCAGUGAACAGCAGCUACUACAGUAAUGGAAGCCGAGCAUCUAUGGGCGUGAAUGGAGUGGGAGGGAUGUCCAUCAUGUCUAGUAUGAGUGGUGGAUGGGGAAUGUAAUUGAUUUUGAUCACUGACUCUUGGUCAAAAAAAAUUUUUUUUAAACCCCUCAGUUUAACAGUUUUUGCAAUCCAUCCAGCCUUAUGGUUUUAUGCCUGCUGUCUUAAGUGAACAUUGGCAUCGCUCAAAGAAGGUUCAAUGUUGAACAUAGCAGUCACCUAGGAUGAUAGGGCAAAGUUGAGUGAACUGUAACUGUUAAACUUAAUUCCUAGCUUUUCUCUAGUUACUGUAGGAUGUACGUAAGCAGUAA